GUUCAUGUGUUCCUACUCUGAAUGCUACUCGAUGUACACCAGUCACAAUGCCACUGAGUGUACUGAUGAGAACCAUUGUCAGCUGAUGAGGUGUCCCAACAUGAUGUACAACGUGAGCUGCAGUGACACUUGUGAACAAAGUUGUAACGGCACUUCUCAGAUCAACUGCUCUGUGAAUUGCUGCAAUUCCACUGGAUGCCUCAAUGAAACUUUUGCAUCCAUGAUGAUGACAUCUACAAUGGCCAUGACAACAACAAGCACAUCCCAAUCAAGCUCCUCUACGACAUCAACAACCGCAUUCAAGGGAAAUAAAUGCCAAAUGGGUACAUGCAAUGGUGACACAUGCUACACAACUUUUAAGGCUAGCACGUCUGAAACAUGCUCCUCCUCACAGCCAUACUGCCAGCUAAAAAAGACGAUAGCGGGUUCCACUGUAUCAUGGACUGCAGGUUGCGCUGAUUGUGCAAAAGAAACGGUCUGCAAAGCCACUACCGUGCCUCCGUGUGUCCUGGAGUGCUGCAACGCCACCAUGACAUCCUGCCUGGUUUUGGAUGGCACGACGAAUGUGAAUGUCAACUCUUUUGCCACCAGAGGCCCUCAUCUCCACACAGAAUUGAUUGUUUCCUUACUUUGCCUGCUUUCUAUCACAUUGCUCCUGUGAGAGCAAGAGCAUUUGUCUGCUCAGCUGCUGUGUUGGUCACCAUUUAUCCUGCCCAGAGCUUUACAU